AUGGAGAUAGAGCAAGACAAUGCCAAAGACAAUAGUAAAGGUGUUAGCAACCCUAUUGAAAUGAUGAGAGGUUCAAAAAGAGGGAUGCAUCUUGUGUGGGAAGAUUUGAGUGUUGUAAUUCCAAACUUUGGCAAUGGACAUACAAGAAGAUUGCUUAAUGGUUUGAAUGGAUAUGUUGAACCAAACAGAAUCAUGGCUAUUAUGGGUCCAUCUGGUUCUGGAAAAUCUACUCUUCUUGAUGCUUUGGCAGGUAGACUCUCUGGAAAUGUUAUCAUGUCUGGUAAUGUGCUUUUAAAUGGAAAGAAAAGGAGAUUAGACUAUGGGGUUGUAGCUUAUGUGACACAAGAAGACAUAUUGUUGGGAACACUAACAGUGAGAGAGACAAUAUCUUACUCAGCAAAUUUAAGGCUUCCAGCUACAAUGACAAAAGAAGAGGUAAAUGACAUUGUAGAAGGAACAAUAAUGGAGAUGGGUCUUCAAGAUUGUGCUGAUAGACUUAUAGGAAAUUGGCACUUAAGAGGUAUAAGUGGUGGAGAAAAGAAAAGAACUAGCAUAGCACUUGAAAUUCUUACUAGGCCAUGUCUCUUGUUCCUUGAUGAGCCAACAAGUGGUUUGGACAGUGCCUCAGCAUAUUUUGUUGCUCAAACUUUGAGAAACAUUGCUCAUGAUGGGAAAACUGUUAUUUCUUCAAUUCAUCAACCAAGUAGUGAGGUUUUUGCAUUAUUUGAUGAUCUAUUUCUACUUUCUGGGGGUCAAACAAUUUACUUUGGACCAGCUGAAAAUGCAGUUGAGUUCUUUGGCAAAGCAGGAUUCCCAUGUCCAAGUAGAAGAAACCCUUCAGAUCAUUUCCUACGUUGUAUUAAUUCAGACUUUGAUACUGUCACAACUACUAUGAUGUCCUCCGGGAGAACACAUGAGCCAAAAACAUUGGCACCACCAACAAUGAACUUAUCAACAGCAGAAAUCAAAGCAAUACUCAUAGAGAAAUACCGUUGGUCAGAAUAUGCAACUUGUGCAAGAGCAAGAAUCAAACAAAUCUCAAAUUUUGAAGGACAUAAUUAUGAAAGUAAAAGCAAGAGCCAAGCCAAAUGGUUGAAGCAACUAUCAACUUUGACUCAUAGAUCUUUUGUCAACAUGUCUAGAGAUGUAGGGUACUAUUGGAUAAGGUUAACAAUCUAUGUCGCCUUAUCUUUGUGUGUCGGAACAAUCUUUUAUGACAUUGGAUCAAGUUAUACAGCCAUUUUAGCAAGAGGAGCAUGUGGCGCUUUUAUCUCGGGUUUCAUGACAUUCAUGUCCAUAGGAGGAUUCCCAUCAUUCAUAGAGGAAAUGAAGGUCUUCUACAAAGAAAGGCUGAAUGGAUAUUAUGGAAUUGCAGUCUACAUUCUGUCAAAUUUUCUCUCUUCAUUUCCUUUUAUAGCAGUGAUGUCAUUUGCUACAGGGUCUAUAACAUAUUACAUGGUUAAGUUUCGUUCUGAGUUUUCGCAUCUUUUGUAUAUCUGUUUGGAUCUUUUGGGCUGUAUAGCUGUUGUGGAGAGCUCAAUGAUGAUUAUAGCUGCAUUGGUUCCCAAUUUUCUUAUGGGAUUGAUAAUUGGAGCAGGUUAUAUUGGUCUUAUGAUGAUGACUGCUGGCUAUUUCCGGCAGAUUCGUGAUCUUCCCAAAUUCUUCUGGCGUUACCCUAUUUCAUACAUCAAUUAUGGAGCAUGGGGUUUGCAGGGAGCUUUCAAGAAUGAUAUGAUUGGGAUGGAGUUUGAUCCUGAAAACCCUGGUGAGCCAAAACUGAAAGGAGAAAUCAUCCUCAAAACAUUGCUUGGAAUGAAAGUUGAUUAUUCAAAAUGGUGGGACCUAGCUGUGGUCAUCUUCAUCCUCAUGUUGCAUAGAGUUAUUUUCUUUUUCAUUCUCAAAUUUAAGGAGAGAGUUGUACCUUUCCUUCACAGUAUCUACACAAAGCAAACACUGCGACGUAUCAAGAAGCGGGCAUCGUUCAGGAAAACGCCAUCGUUCGCUUCCAAGAGACACCAACCAUUGCAUCCAUUGUCUUCUCAGGAGGGUCUCAACUCUCCAUUUCAUUAGAAUUGCGUUGUUUCCUGAUACAAAUACAUAAGAUUCACAUACCAUGUAUACCACAAUACUAUUAUUAUUAUAUAUAUUUGGAAACACUGUUUACCUUUA